CAGCUGACCUGUCAGGUCUGUUUGUCGGUAGGACGAGCUAGCAGAAGCGGCACAGAGAAACGGUGGUUUUUGUUUUUAUUGGCGGCAGGAGGAACGGUAUUUGUGAAAGCCCCCAGUUUAUCGGAGAUGUCCCAGUAGGACACCAGUUUCUGAUAAGUCAGCAUCAUGUCGGGGAACAAUCUGGUCCUGCCCAUCGUGCUGUGGGGGCGGACGGCCCCCACUCACUGCAUCAGCAGCUUACUGGUGAUGGACGACUUCAGCACCAUCAUCACGGGCUGCCAUGAUGGACAGAUCUGUCUGUGGGACAUGACGCCAGAGCUCCAGAUCUGUCCCAGGGCGAUGCUGUUCGGUCACACGGCCUCCAUCACCUGUCUGUCCAAAGCCAGCGCGAGCAGCGACAAGCAGUACAUCGUCAGCGCCUCAGAGAGCGGGGAGAUGUGUCUGUGGGACGUAAAUGACGGACGCUGUAUUGAGUUCACCAAGCUGGCCUGCGCUCACACUGGGAUUCAGUUCUAUCAGUUCACCAUUGGCACUCAGAAGGAAGGACGUCUGCUCUGCAAUGGACACUAUCCAGAGAUCCUGGUGGUGGACGCCACCAGCCUGGAGGUACUGUACUCCCUGGUUUCCAAGAUCUCUCCAGACUGGAUCAGCUCCAUGAGCAUCAUCCGAUCCCAUCGCACACAAGAGGACACGGUGGUGGCAGUAUCAGUGACGGGGAUUCUGAAGGUCUGGAUGAUAACAGCUGAGGUCAGCAAGAUGCAGGACCUGGAUCCUGUCUUUGAGGAAGAGUCCAAACCCAUCUACUGUCAGGGGUGCCAGAGCAUCUCCUUCUGCAGCUUCACUCAGAGCAGUCUGCUGGUGGUCUGCUCCAAGUACUGGAGGGUGUUCGAUGCAGGAGACUACUCCCUGCUCUGCUCCGUGCCGAGUGACAGCGACCAGUCGUGGACCGGAGGGGAGUUCAUCGCAGCAGAUAAAGUCAUCAUCUGGACCGAAGACGGCUGCAGCUACAUCUACAAGCUGCCGGCCAGCUGUCAGUCUGCCAGCGAACAUUUCCGCAGUGAUGUUGGGAAAACCAAAGAAGGCUCUAUUCCCCCGCUGAUCUACAGCGUUGUGGUCUGCUCCGACAAACAGAAGGACGGAGGUGAGCAGGAGGAGGAGGAGGAGCAGGAGGUGGAGGUGAUAUGCCUCCGUCCCAGCGGCUUCGACUCUGAGCUCUACACCCCAAAGCAGCUUUACCGACACCGGCCUCUAGAGGCUCCUCUCCAUAUCUGUCCUCCUGUGACUCGGUUCUUCUUUGGCCGGCGGGAGCCCUUUCACAAGCUGCUGAUCCAAGGAGACUCGGCAGGCCGCCUGUCGCUGUGGAGCGUCCCAGACUCAUCGCCUCCACAACCAACUGCGAGUCCACCAGAGCUGCAGGUAUCGUCCACCAUCAGCCUGCAGGACGCAUUUGAUAAGCUGACACCCGUCUCUUCAGGGAUCAUUGAUCAGCUGAGCGUCCUGCCCAACAAAGAGCAACCCAUCAAGGUCACAGCCAGCGUUUACAUCCCAUCUCAGGGCCGGUUAGUCUGCGGUAGAGAAGACGGCAGCAUCGUCCUCGUUCCCGCCACCCAGACGGCCAUCGUCCAGCUGCUGCAGGGGGAGCACAUGCUCAGGAGAGGCUGGCCCCCCCACCGAACCCUGCGGGGCCACCGGAACAAGGUGACCUGUGUCCUCUAUCCGUACCAGGUGUCUCCCCGUUACGACCAGCGCUCCCUGGUGUCGGGAGGAGUGGACUUCUCCGUCAUUGUCUGGGACAUUUUCACCGGAGAGAUGAAGCACAUCUUCUGCGUGCACGGAGGGGAGAUCUCUCAGCUGAUCGUCCCACCGGAAAACUGCAGCACCCGGGUGCAGCACUGCGUUUGUUCUGUGGCAAGCGACCACUCCGUCGGCCUGCUCAGUCUCCGGGAGAGGAAGUGCAUCAUGCUGGCGUCCCGACACCUGUUCCCCAUCCAGGUCAUCAAGUGGCGCCCAGCUGACGACUACCUGGUGGUUGGAUGCUCCGACGGCUCCGUCUACGUCUGGCAGAUGGAUACAGGAGCUCUGGAUCGCUGUGUGAUGGGAAUCACGGCUGUGGAGAUCCUGAACGCCUGCGAUGAGCUCGCUCCUGCCACUGUCGACGCUGUGAGUCACUCUGCAGUGAACCUAAAGCAAGCCAUGACCCGCCGCAGCCUGGCUGCGCUCAAGAACAUGGCCCAGCACAAACUGCAGACCCUGGCCACCAACCUGCUGGCUGCAGACAACGCUGACAAGGGUAAUUUGCCCAAAUACUCCCACAAUGCACUGGUGGUCCAGGCAAUGAAGACCAACCUGACUGACCCCGACAUGCACGUGCUCUUCUUUGACGUGGAGGCGCUAAUCAUCCAGCUUCUGACAGAGGAAGCCCAGAGGCCGAACCCGACCCUGGUGUCUCCUGAGACCCUGCAGAAGAGCCAGGCGGGGGCUGACAAAGGGGGCUCUUUCCUGGCCAAUAAAAUCUUCAAACAGGUGAAAGAGACCAUGAAGGAGACAAUCAAGGAGCACCUGCUGGAUGAAGACGAGGAGGAGGAGGAGGAAAUGAGGAGACGCGAGGAGAAGUCCAAGUCUCUGAGUCUUCUGGAGUACAACCUGACCAUGGACACGGCUAAGCUUUUCAUGUCUUGUCUGCACGCCUGGGGCCUCAACGAGCAGCUGGACGGCAUCUGCCUGGAGCGACUGGGCAUGCUCAGACCGCACUGUCCUAUCUCCUUCGGCUUGAUCUCCAGAGGAGGCCACAUGUCACUCAUGCUGCCCACCUUCAAGGAAUCCUUGCUACGUCAGCUGUCGCUGACCACAGGUCUGAAGCUCACUUUGUCCGACAUCGUGGGGAAGGGGACUUACGGCGUUUCGAGGGCCGUCACCACGCAGCACCUGCUGUCGGCCAUCUCUCUGGCCAACACACUGAUGGGCAUGACCAACGCCACCUUCGUAGGAGAACACAUGAAGAAGGCACCGGCCAGGCCUCCCAGACCAGGAGGAACCCCAGAGUCUCCUCGGAGGACGCCUGCCGCCCCCCCCCAGCCCUCCAACCCGGCGCUACAGGCCCAGAUCAAACAAGCUGCCAGCACUGCUGCCACUGCUGGGGCUCUUGGGGCUCCAGGGGGCCACCCUCAGGGAGCCCCUGGUUACCCCAGCCGCGGCCCUGCUUCUCAUAACAUCCACUCUAUCAACGAAGGGUGGAGCCAGCUGGCGGCAAUGCACUGCGUGAUGCUGCCGGAUCUCCUCGGCCUGGACAAGUUCAGACCUCCUCUGCUGGAGAUGUUGGCGAGAAGAUGGCAAGACCGAUGUCUGGAGGUACGUGAAGCAGCACAGGCUCUUCUCCUGGCAGAGUUGAGAAGGAUUGGACAGUCAGGACGUAAGGACACCAUCGAUGCCUGGGCUCCAUACUUGCCUCAGUAUGUGGACACAGUCAGCUCCCCUGGAACAGCCGCUGAGGCCUCCCCUCAGGCCCAGCCCCCUCCUGAGGCUCAGCCAGUUGAAACCAAGGCGCCCGAGGAGGAGAUGGAUGUGACCGAUGAUGACAUCACAGCAGGCUGUCUGUCCAACCUUCCCCCAAACGCCAAAAAGAUCUCCAACUCAUACGAGGAGCGUCGAAAGCAGGCAACAGCCAUUGUUCUGCUCGGAGUCAUUGGAGCUGAAUUUGGUGCAGAGAUCGAACCCCCAAAAGGUUCUGGGCGAGCUCGAGCUGGAGGACAGGUGCCUGAAGGUUUUGGACCAACAAGUGGAGGGUCGACUAACUACUCACUGGCAAGACACACAUGUAAGGCACUGACCUUCCUGCUGCUGCAGCUCCCCAGCCCCAAGCUUCCCGCCCACAGCACCAUCCGCCGCACCGCCAUCGAUCUGAUUGGCCGAGGCUUCACCGUCUGGGAGCCGUACAUGGACGUGUCGGCGGUGCUCAUGGGACUGCUGGAGCUGUGUGCCGACGCAGAGAAGCAGCUGGCCAACAUCACCAUGGGUUUGCCCCUGAACCCUCCUGCAGAUUCAGCUCGCUCCGCCCGCCACGCCCUUUCUCUCAUCGCCACCGCCCGUCCACCGGCCUUCAUCACCACCAUCGCACGAGAGGUUCAUCGUCACAAUGCCGCUCAGGCCAACUCUCAGUCGCAGCAGAACGUCCACACCACCACCCUGGCCCGAGCGAAGACGGAGAUACUGCGAGUAAUCGACAUCCUGAUCGAGAAGAUGCCUGGAGACGUGGUGGACCUGCUGGUUGAAGUGAUGGACAUCAUCAUGUACUGUAUUGAAGGCUCUCUGGUGAAGAAGAAAGGACUGCAGGAGUGUUUCCCUGCCGUCUGCAAGUUUUAUAUGGUGGGUUACUGUGAUCGAAGCUACAGGAUCGCCGUCGGAGCUCGGCAGGGUUCAGUGGCUCUCUACGAUGUUCGCACAGGGAAAUGUCAGAACAUCCAUGGCCACAAAGGUCCGAUCACGGCCGUGUCGUUCGCCCCUGACGGCCGGUACUUGGCGACCUACUCCAACGCUGACAGCCACAUCUGCUUCUGGCAGAUGAAUACGAGCCUGCUGGGCAGCAUCGGGAUGCUGAACUCGGCGCCUCAGCUCCGCUGCAUCAAGACCUACCAGGUUCCUCCGGUGCAGCCCGCGUCGCCGGGAUCGCAGAACCACCUGAAGCUCGCCCGCCUCAUCUGGACCUCCAACCGCAACGUUAUCCUGAUGGCCCAUGACGGCAAGGAGCAUCGCUUCACGGUGUAAUCUUGAUCGGACCGAGUCCCAGUCCGACAAAUCUGGACCUGAAUGAUGGUUUGGGAUUAGAGGCAGAUUCAUCGGGUGGUUCUGAUCAUUUACAUUACCUGAUAAAAAUGCCUAAAUUUAGUGAAGUCCAGCUGGAGCAGAAAGGUCCAAACCCAAACUCACGUCCAGGUUUGGUUCCUCUUUUAUCUGCUGCUAUGAUCAUGGUGGAGGAAGUUCUGUUUACGUUCUGAUUUGUGUCGAUGUCAUUUUUUAAUUCCUUUCUGUCUCAUCAUUCCUAUUUAUUUGUUGAAGUUUCUGUAACGUUUUUAGUUUGUUUCUGUUCUGAAUCGGAUCUUCUGACCAUAAACCAAACAGCAGGACUGAAAACAUCCUGGAUGGCUUCAUGUUUCUGAUUCAUAUCAAGAGAAAGAAGGAAACUUUAGCUGAACUUUGUUGCUUGUGAACACAGAAGGCCGACACCAUUUUCAGUUUUCCACACGUGCGCUUUGGCUUUAAUUUGGAUUUUUGUGACACCUUGGUUGUUUUCAUCGUCUCUGUGCUUCACAGAUGUGUGUGUGUGUGUGUGUGUGUGUUUGCACCAGGGUAGAUUCUCAGCGUUAAACACACAUUCUCACCUCAGACGGGUUCUCCUAAAAGCCAGGGUCCAGUUGAAACGAUGGAGCGGCAGCCAUCAAAGGAAGAAGAAAUAACUUAAGGACACAAAAUGACUUUUAUUCUUAUUUGAGAUGCAUUUACAUUUAAUCCCAUAUUUAGGUUCGAUGCGUUUGCACCUGUCACUACUUAGCUGUUGUAUGUAAAUAUUGAUCUUUUUUCACACACAUGCUUAUUUUUGUGAGUUUCUGGUGAGCCUGACUGAGUUGGUUGGGGUCAAACGUUGUCUUCACAAUCAGCUUCUUCAUGCUUCUUCUGAUCAGUGUCUGCUCAGAGCUGCUGUUUCCGCCGCUGCAGUGAACGUCUCGUCCUGUUCGCUUUGUUUCUCGUGGCUCGGUGUGAGCGUCUGCCUGCUGCCGGUUAGACAUUCAUGAGUUUGUUUCCUGACAUUUAAUUAGCUGAACAGUUGGAGUCUUCAUUUGAAAACAUCAGAUGGCCAAAGGAUGAGGAGGAACUGAUGAAAACAUCUAUAAAACACUGAAAUGGCAGACGGUAUUAGCUCUUUUUUCCUCUAUUUCAGAUUUUAUUGAUGUUCAACAUCUUUGUUUCAGUUUAAAGCAACGAUUGAACCGUAUUUACUUCCUGAGCCACUCCUUAUAUUUCUAUGUACAUCCCAAGGAUCUCCAGUAGAGCGGUUCUGGCUUCUCCUCCUGCUGGAAAUCCAGAAAAGGCCUCAAGGUUUUCCCAGAACGUUUUUCUUACCUGCUCUAAAACAUUUACUGGAGACACCGGUGAAAGUUUUCCUUCCUGCCCUGGUUCUCAACCUGCGGCACAUGUACCACCGGUGGUACUCUGGCCGGCUGUAGUGGUACUCAGAGGGAAUUUUACAACUGGAACCUUUGGGAUUCGUUGAUAUCCUCGCUGAUCAGCCUAGCCGUUAACACGCUGUACUAACAUGAAGGAGGCUGAACGGUUCUGCUCUUGUCAAACAGUUCAUUUGAUGCAAAUCGUCACAAGUGCAAAAACAAAGUGUUUCAAACAAAGUGUAUUUGCAAGGCAGCCAUGUUGGAUUUUGAGGCCUUCGGCUGGUCAGAAACCUCAACUAUAAACUUAGAAAUUUCAAAUUGGGAGGAAAAAUGGAAAUCAUAAUUAUUUUUCAAUCAUGCCUGAUAGAUCUUUUUUACGACAUAACAGCAGAAACUAAAAAAAUCAAGUUAUCUGUCAAGAUGGCUGUACUUCUAGUAUAGUUCUGGUACAGAACCGCUGCUUUAGUUGUUUUGUACCAGACGUUUGGGGUUAAACGUAGCGCUGCGUCAACCAGAGAAACCGGUAAAUGUUUGGCAGUUUAGGGAAAAAUGAUGUUGGAAUUGACCCAGAAUUUUCCUCCUCAUCCCUGGUAAAAUCUUUGGAUUUCUACCAAAACCUUCACCAAAGAUGAGACUGUUAUUACUAUUAUUAUAAUUAUUAUUAUUAAAACCUUUAUCAGAACCACAAAUUUGUCCCAGAACUCUUUGUUUUCUCUCAGAUCUGCUUGAACAUUAAAUUACUGUCCAACAUUUUCACCAGGAAAGUUUUUUACUUUAGUAAAACUUCCUGAUUUGUUUUCCUGUUUUUUUUUUUUUUGUUUUUUUUUAGAGGAGCUAAUUUUAACGUUAUCUCUAGUGAAAGUUUCGCAUUUUUACCAAAACUAAACCUUUUCUAAUGUUGAAACUUUAAUCUGAGGUUCCAACUGUUUCUUCAAAUCUUUCUUUUAUUGAAUAAUUGUUUUUAUUGGAGGAAAUGUUGUAUUUGUGCUUUUUGUUGUGAGUUGGGUUAAAACUGGAUCUCCUCGGUGCUGCAGAUUAUGGACCGGGUCUUUGUAGAUUUUACUGCUUUAAAAUGUUGUCAAACGUUUAGCAAUCAGUUUUAUUCAGAGGAAACUAUCUACAUAUAAAUCUAUAUAAAAUAAUAUCUCUAAAAUGGGUAUUUUCUGUCAGACUUGCGUUUACUCAAUCUGCUGUCAGAAAGCUUCUCACAGUGUAACACACCUGUACACCCGAGCGUGUCAAAGCUUUUCACAAGUUGUUCUUCUCCUUAAAGGAAAAAACCCACAUCCAGGAUCUGGUCAGAGGGAUUUCUGAAUCAUCCUGACAGCUCUGAGAUCUUAAUCUUUCCCUUUCAGCAGCACUCUCUUAACAGUUUGAGGAAAUAUGUUUUCGGCAGCCUCCCGGGGGAGGACAGGUGAGAAAAAUGAGGGAGGCAGAGAGGGAGAGGCGAAGAGUAAGUAAGGAGCGAGGAGGAUCAGAGCAUCCGAGCAGAAAAAGGAGCUUCUGUGGUGAAGGCAGUGAACCUUCAACACAGAGAGUAAAAAACUACAAACCACAAAGAAAAACUCUCCUAUGACUUUAAUCUAAUGUUAUUAUUUAAAGCAAAUAAGUUAUUUUGAACAGAUUUUAGGCCCAUUCUGUCAGCUUUUUGAUAUUGUUUACAGUGACUUCAGUGUUGAUAUUGUGUGAAGUGAUGCAUGUAUAUGAGCUUUCCUCGAUGUAACACAGCUGCUGAAAUCGUAUCAAUGUGUCGUAUUAAAAUGGAUUAAAUGUGAGUUGAUGUUUAAUAAAGACAUAGAUGAA